AUGGAUAUUACUACUGCUGAUAUUAGGCUGGUCGAAGUGGGUAAAAGUAAAGAUAAAGGACUAAGUGAAGGUAAAGAACCAGACAAAGGUAAAGGUAUAGUACCAGGAAAAGGUAAAGAACCAGGCAAAGGAAAAGAAGCAUUAUCAGAAGAAUUUUGUGAAUUUUAUAAUCUCCAGUUGGCAGAUUUGUACGUUAAAUUAAGAGAAACAUAUGGAGAAAUAGUCCGGCUAACAGGAAUAGCUAACCGCAACGACCUGGUGUUACUUUUUAAUCCAGAACAUAUAAAAACGGUAUACAGAAAUGAAGGUAUAUACCCAGUUAGAAGAGGCUUGGAAAGCUUCGUCCACUAUCGGAAAGAGUACAGACCAGAAUUAUUUAAAUCUGGUGGUCUUUUAACGGUACAAGGCUACGAUUGGCAUCUGGUCCGAACCAAAGUCAACCCUGCCAUGAUGCAACCAAAAACAGUUCGAAAAUAUGUCGAACCUGUUGACCAGAUUUCACAAGAAUUCAUAAAUCGGAUGAUGAAACUCCGUGAUGCCAAUAACGAAAUGCCCUCUGAUUUCUGGAUGGAAGUCAACAAAUGGGCAUUAGAAUCUGUUGGAAGAAUUGCUUUGGAUACAAGAUUGGGCAGUAUAAGUGAUAAUCCGACUUCAGAAUCUUUAAAACUGAUUAAGCAUGUUCAUAUGAUGUUUGAGCUGAUUUACCAGUUGGAUAUUUUGCCAUCUGUAUGGCAGAUUGUGCGGACGCCUAACUAUUAUAAGUUGAUGGACUGUUUUGAUGUACUCAGGGACAUAACAAGUAGACAUGUUUCGAAUGCAGUUAAGCGUUUGGACGAAUCGCCACCAAAACAUUCUGAAGACGAGUUGAGCGUGGUGGAAAGGCUGAUUACCAUCGACCGCACCAUUGGACAAGUUAUGGCAAUGGACAUGUUGAUGGCAGGAAUUGACACUACAUCUUCCGCAGUUUGUACCCUACUAUACUAUUUAGCCAAAAACCAAGAUAAACAAAAUAUUCUAAGAGCGGAACUUAGAGAAGCUAUUCCUGAGCCUAAAGGACAAAUAACUAAUGAUAUUUUAAGGCAUUUGCCUUAUCUGAGAGCCUGCAUUAAAGAGUCUUUGCGAAUGGUACCUGUUGCUCCAGGUAAUUUAAGAGUAAAUCCCAAGGACAUGGUUUUGGCUGGAUAUAGAAUCCCAAGUGAUACUGAAAUCCUUCUGGGUCAUAUGACCCUAGCCCGUUGCGAGUCCCAAUUUCCCAAAGCCGACGAGUAUUUGCCAGAGAGAUGGCUAAAACAACGAGGAAGUUUGGCUGAUCGUCAAAUUGACAAUGCAGAUAUUUCUUCCACAAAUGCACAUCCAUUUGCCUAUAUGCCAUUUGGAUUUGGACCAAGGACUUGCAUUGGCAGAAGAUUUGCCGAAUUGGAAAUUGAAGUCUUCACUUCCAAAUUGAUCAGAGAUUAUAAAGUGGAGUGGAACCAUGAGGAGAUGAAAUUUGACAGUAAAAUGAUUAAUUUUCCGGUUAAUCCGUUGAGGUAUAAAAUAACAGAAGUUAAUUAAUGAUUGAGUCAGUUCUAAACUUCAAACGCCAACAAAAGUAACCAAGUUUGUAAUAUCAUAUCAGGAUGAACAGAUACAUUCAUCAGGAUGAACAGUUUCGCACAAAAUAAAAGUUCAACUGUGAGUGAACCUUGUAUCGUAUAUAAAUGUAUUUAUAUUUAAA